ACUUUAGGCGGGUAGCUACAGUUCAGACUCCGCCUCUCUCUCUCUCUCUCUCUUCGAUGGCGAAUGAUGUUGAAAUGGAGGAAGUAACCGCGAUUACCGUAUACGACGGCGAUCUUAUCGCCGCCGACGCUGAUGAAGGAAGCGAUGACGCUGCAGUGGCGGCUGAUGAAGAUGACAAAGGGGCCAUCGUCUGUAGCCGAGGCGGCAGGAGGUCCGGCGGCAGAGUUAAGGGACCAUGGUCACCAGAGGAAGAUACGAUUCUUAGCAGUCUUGUUAGUAAUUUCGGUGCGAGGAAUUGGAGCUUGAUUGCUCGUGGGAUUGACGGCAGAUCGGGCAAGUCCUGCCGCCUUCGGUGGUGUAAUCAACUUGAUCCUGCAGUCAAGCGCAAACCUUUCACUGAGGAAGAGGAUAAUCUCAUACUUCAAGCUCAUGCUGUACAUGGGAAUAAAUGGGCAUCAAUUGCAAGGUUGCUUCCAGGAAGAACAGAUAAUGCAAUUAAGAAUCAUUGGAAUUCUACUCUGAGACGCAAAUGUGUUGAUCGUGAUUGUUUGAGGUUGGAAUCUAGUAACUUCACUGAAGAUGACAAAUCGAAGGCAUCAUCUGAAGAAACCCUAUCAUGUGGAGGAAAGGAAAUCGUCACUACAGAUGAUCAACCCGAAGAAAGAGCUCCACUGAGAGAAGAACAAUCUGAAAUCGAAACAAAGAAAAGACCUACUGUUGUUCGUCCAGUUGCGCGUUUUAGUGCUUUUAAUGUCUACAAUCCAACUGAUGGUUCAGAAAGAGCUUUCCAGCGUCAUCCGAGACCUAUUCACCAUCCACAACAAGGGUUAGGGCUUGUGCAGACGAACUCCAGAUCUGAUGGUGAGAUUUCCAAAUUUGAUGAAGAGAAGAUGAUGAUUCCUCACCAUUGUGGGCAUGGCUGUUGUGUGAAUGGUGAUGAUGUUGGCAGAAAACAGAGAAGGUCUAUACUUGGUCCUGAGUUCUCUGAUUUUGCAGAGCCUCCAUUCAUUCCAGGUCAUGAAUUGGCUGCAAUUGCAACAGAUAUAAGUACCAUUGCUUGGCAAAAGAGUGGACUUGAGAAUAACAUUGCUAGAGCAGUUUCUGGAGGACCAAGUGUUCAAAUGGGUCACCAAUUUGGCAUUACCUUGUUCAACCGUAGACAACCCAUAUGAUGAAUUCUUCUACAGAUUUGUGUUUCAAUCAAGAGCAUACAAGCUCUUCUUCAGGUAUAUUAAUUAUUAAAGAUUUGCUUUAUUUAUUGACUAAGAUCUUCUAUUGGGUUUAUUGUAUACUCUUGUGACUUGUCUUGGGAUGUUUUGCAAAACUUUGUUGGAGGUUUCUGAUAAUCUGGUCACCUUAGGAAACUUAUGAUUGA